AUGUCACGGAUAAACCCAGUGAUCGUCGCCCUACUUGUCUUCUCUACCGUUGCCCUAUCCAUCCCUACUUCAUUGAGGAAGGCACCAGAGCUCGAAAAUCUUCUCAAGCAGAUUCAGGAUAAGAAAGCCGCCCCGCCUUCGUCAAACGCUGUCGCGGAAGCAAAUCGCCAGCUCUACUAUUCGAAUUUCUUCGCGCCACCGGAGUACAGCCAGGAAUACCCGAUCUUUGUCUUC